AUGCAGUUUGGCGAGGCUUUCUGGUCCAGCUCCUGGGUGGAACUGCACUUCAGCAGCGGGAAUGGGGGCAGUGUGCCCGCCUCAGUGUCUGUUUAUAAUGGAGAUAUGGAAAAAAUCCUGCUGGACGCCCAGCACGAGUCUGGACGGAGCAGCUCCAAGAGCUCCCACUGUGACAGCCCGCCUCGCUCACAGACCCCACAGGACACGAAUAGAGGGGAGGCGGAUACUCACAGCAUUGGGGAGAAGAACAGCUCUCAGUCUGAGGAAGAUUACAUUGAGAGGAGGAGAGAAGUGGAAAGCAUCUUGAAGAAAAACUCAGACUGGAUAUGGGAUUGGUCAAGUCGGCCAGAGAACAUCCCCCCCAAGGAGUUUCUCUUUAAGCACCCAAAGCGCACAGCCACCCUCAGCAUGAGAAACACGAGUGUCAUGAAGAAAGGGGGCAUCUUCUCUGCAGAGUUCCUGAAGGUGUUCCUCCCGUCUCUGCUGCUCUCUCAUCUGCUGGCCAUUGGCCUAGGGAUUUAUAUUGGAAGGCGCCUGACCACACCCUUCUGUCAGUACACACUCAAAGAGAAGAAAAGCAGAAAACUUUGGAUGAACAAGAAAAAUGGCCAGUAUUUUUUCUUUCUACACUGCCUGCAGGAAUGA